GGCGCUGGCUGGUUUAAAUUUUUUUCACAGCGGCUCACUUGAAAUCAAAAAUAAUGUGGAGCAACUUCGAGGCGUCAGCGGUGGAAGAUGAGACCAUAUCCAAUGCCUUCUCAUCGCGCAGUAUAUUCAAAAUUAGCAGCGAAGAUGAGGUUACAAAGAUUCCAUCAAUACAAGCGUCUGUGCAAAGUGGUAAAAUGGUCAUAUCCAUUGAUAGAAGUCUUCUGUUGCUCGAGGAUGAACUGGUGGCCAAGUGCAGUUUCUUAAGUUUUAGCGCACAUAUUGAUGCGAUUGCCAUUUCCGACAGUGGUAAUCUCAUCGUAUGCGGCCUCUCCGACGGCGAAGUACAUGGAGUCUAUAUUAAGGGAUUGCUGCUCUUCAGUGUGAGCAUAAGAAUUGAAGAUGUGGGAUUAACCGGCGGCACCUUUACCAACAUUCAGCAAUUGGGCCAAAACUUUUACUUCAGCUGCAAGAACGGCAGCGUCUACUGUCUCAGUGAAAUCAAUAAGACAACUCUUGAGACGGUUGCCAAUAUAACGCUGACUGAUAAUGAGAAUAUGACAGCUCUCCUGGACGAUGUCACAAUUCAGCGCACAUCCACUGGCAAGUCACUUGCCAAUGUGGAAAGUGCUAUGCUCUUGAAGCAGCUCACUGCUCACAGCUAUGCAGAGAAUAAUCAGGAGGAUCAGCGCAGAGAUUACGAUUUAAUGAUAACAGGCGCACAGGGAGCGUUAAGUUUUAAAACUGGGUCCAAGGAUAUGACUCGCAUCAGUAUACCCAAUCAGUUUGGCAGCGUCAAGGAAAUCUACAAUAUAGAUCACUAUAUCAUUGCGCUUACACAGUCUGGACAUUUGCUGGAGAUUUGUCCAUUUACACGCACGGUUAACGUGUGUCAAUCAUCACAGAGCCCUUCGCUACUUAUCGAAGAUAUGCAGGUCAUGGAGUGUAGUGAGGAGAACUUGGAGCUGCUAAUACUUACCAAGGCAACCACAGAUGGAGAUCGUUUCAUACGAAUUGUCGAGUAUCCUUCACUCAGAUGCAAAAACGAAGUAGAGGUGCCACAACACGCUUGGCUUGUGCGUCAGCCAAAGAGUGCUGUUAACCUAUAUUACUUGGCAACCAAGGAUUUGGAACAGACUGAAAUCCCUUCAGAAGUGGAAAUGAUGAUGGUGUCUGAAACCGAUCCCAGUGAUCGUUUCAAAAAACUUAUUGCCAAGGGUCGCUUGGAAGAGGCGGAGGACUUUGCCAAGCAAUUUGAAUUGUGCCUGCAACCGAUUUUUGAAGCAAAAGCCAAGCGAAUUCUCGUCGAGCUAUGCAAUGUCAAUGACAACGAAUUGGAUAAGAAGUUUGAAAUGUUACUCAAACUGCUUGGACAGAUCGAAAGCAAAGCAUUCAUUAAGAAUAAUCGCAUGAUGAACUUAAGUUCGCGACAUAUUUUGGAACGCUAUUUAAGAGAAGUAAAAAAGAGAUUAAACUUUGAGGAAGAUGAGGAGCAUCUGUUGGAAAUAGACGAGCAGUUACAUCGCCUAAAAACAAUGGCCAUAAUUGAUCCCUACGAGUGUAAUUCAGAGUGGCAAAAGUUUGUCUACAACUCGAAUCUGGUAAAAGUGGUCAAGGAAAUGUUUAACAGCGAUAUGCCCACCGCCUGCCUCAUCUGGCGACGACACUCUAGCAACAUUUUGCCGCAUCUUAACGAGGAUGAAUUGCGUACACUGCUGGGCUUCAUACCCAGCGACACUGAGCCCCUUAAUGUGGUGCAGUGGUUGCGUCAAUUCGUACCCGUUGUCAGUAACACACAUCCCACAAUUAUGCCCUUUAUCACAGACUGGAGCAUUGAGAGGACUCGGAAACUGCAGUACAGCGAGCAUUGGCCAGCUAUUGGUCUGGAAUUCUCAACCAAAAUAUUAGAAAUAUUUGAGGAAAUUCAAUUUAUCUACUCUGAUGUGCGACGUCAGCAGGAGCGCAAUACUGGCAAGCUGAGGGAUCUGGACAAUGCUCUGCAGGAUUUAUCAGUACUGAAGAAAAUAUACAACCUUAACUUUACGCUGGACAGCUAUAUGCAGGACUCCAUAGACGCCACAGCCUUGCGUAUAUUGCAACGCGUGCAUUUGGACAAGUUGCAGAGUCUGGUCAGAGACUUUUUGUACCCCAUCUAUCAGGAAAAGGGUCGACAGCCGUUGGAUGUCAUCAAACAGUAUAUCGCGCAGCUGGUGGCCAAUCGUCAAUCGCUUAGCAAUUGGUUGGAUCGUGCGAUAGCCUGCAUUGAACUGAUACACAACGAGGAUAGUCGCUUGGAAUGUGCACUCUCGAUAUUGCAGAAUGCACCAGUUCCCUGGGCGGAAACAUUGGCUCCGCUUAUUAAACUACGCAACUCCACACAUCCACUCAGUGUGCAGAUCAAUGCCGAGUAUGAGAUCCAGGUGAUCAAGAUAAUGAAGGUCAAGUAUGGCUGGCCAGCGGAUAGUGCUGUUAACAUCAAUCUGGAGCUGUUCAUGAUGCGAAUUGUUAAAUUGAAUUUACCGGAUAUGCUUAAGGAUAUACGCAUACUGACUAAAGCGGCGCCACAGGUGUCCACCAGCGCUAAUUUCAACUGUUGCUAUCAAAUGGCGCGACGUGGACAGAUCGACAUGGCCUAUGACUUUUUUAAGUCUCUUAGUGACAAAAAUAAUUCCAAGCAGGGAACUGAUGUCGUUGAGAGUUUAGCAAAUCUUCUUGAGAUGAGCUCCUGCACCGGCGAGGCAAAGGUGCAGGAACACCUAAAUUUACUUGAACUUUUCAAGCUGAUGCUACCCAGCGUUGACCCAGUAUACAAUCGUCGAUAUUUGCUUAUCAAACAUCGUUUACAGCUGGGUCAAAAAUUCAAUCUGCAACUUAACUGCAGCACGGAUCUGAUACCGUUGCAAAAGCGACUUUCUCUUCUUGACGAGGGCAUCGAGGUCAUUAUCUCGCGUGCCCAGGCCACGUUGAAUGUGUGUGCCCUGAUAGUCAAUGAAAUAAGUGAGCUAUGCACGGCACUGGAUGUGGAAAAAGUCCAUGGACUUUUACGAAUCAGCCAGUGCGUAAGAUGUUUGCCUCUCAGCUGUGCGUUGGCCCAUCAUGUAAUUGAAUUCAUCUCCUGCGUGCCGGCCAAUAGCAAGGAGUUCAUCAACUUUGGCAUUGAGCUAUUGGUACAGCAAAUAGGCGACGCCAAGAGUCAAAGUCAUGAUACGCAUUCUUCAAUGCAACUGCUAAACGAAAGUGAUCCAUUGUGCUUUCCACUAGCCUACGAGCUGCUAACUGAGGCGCUAUUGCACGAGCGCAGUAGUCAUCGCGAUCUGAUGGAACUCAUUAAAUAUGUACGAGUGGCGGUCAUACACUAUCCAUUGGAUGCCAUCGAGAUGCACUAUGUGGGCAAGGAGCAAGCAAUAAACGAACAAAUAUGCCGCGCAUUGGAUGGCGUUCCCAUAGCGCUUGGCGAGUCAACGCUUAACUUUUCGACAGCGCUUAAUAACUCCAUGGACGUGAAAGUAAACAUUGAACCAUCGUCCAAGAAGCGUUACUCCGUGUCCAUUUUCGAUGAAGUCGAGGUGCAGCCGCAACAGAAGCCACAGCAAAAAAAGCGUAUUAGCGGUAGUCUUCCCAUUGUCAAAUUCUUGGCACGCACUCUGCUCCUCAUGAUCAUUGAGACGGAGCCGAAGAACUCGCUGUUGAUGCAAAUGCAAAACUUGCUACCGGAUAAUAUCAAGCACGACAUUGAUGGUGCUUGUGCCGAUUUCUUUUUAUCAUUGGAACAACUAACCAAAGCUAAGGAACAUGAUGUUUGGUACAUCAUGUCACAGUAUCUACUUGAAUAUCAGAGGCACAAUCGCAGUAAGAAGAUCAUCAAUGAGGGAUUUAUUACGCUUCAGUUGCGUCGCAUUUUUCGCAAUGCAAUGAACAACAAAGAAGCCAACCUAAUUGAGCUCUUUACAAUGCUGGUGGCAGAUAGCGAGUCGCGUGGAUUGCUGGAUAAGCUCUCCAAUGAGGUGAAAACUGAUCAGCAGAAGAUUAAUUUUCUCACCCUCUCUGCAAUGUACAACGAACAUAUUGAUGAAAUGGAAAAUGUGCAAAACUUACGCGUUACACGCAAUAAAUUGUAUUACUAUUUGGAGUUCUGCCAGCAGGAUCCUACCAUCAGGGGAAAAUUUAAUCCAGAGAUGGACAAUAUUGAGCAUUUGCUUAAUGAAUUCCACAACAAGCGACUCAAUGUUCGUUUGCUGGAGCGGAUGAGUGAGAGCUUUAAAUUGGAUUAUCAAAGAAUGCUCAUUACACAAGUCCUUAGCAUUUUACGAGCCCAGGAGUUGCGCUACGAGAUCAAGCACGACACCUUCGGAGAUGAGGAGCUUGUUGUGCUGAGCAGUGUGCAUGAAAUGCGUGAUAUGUGCCAGCCGUACAUCAAUGAAAUAAAGAACGUUAAGCUAUUUACCUCCAAACUGAACGAGCUUAUUGAGGAGAUCAAUAUCUAUUUUUAUGAGCUGUACCUGUGUGUCAUUGAGAUUCUUAUGUUCUUCGAUGCAGCGCCCAAACAAAUGGAAACCUGGAAGAAUAUAUUGCAUUUUCUGCGCCACAAAAUGACCACACGGCGAUGCAGUCGUGCAGGUCAGCAGGAGACAGAUAUAUGGAUGCAAUCCCAAAAGGACAACGGUGUGCUUCCCAAGAUCGCGCGCUAUCGACUGCCCUUCAAACCACUUGUGGAGCAUCCACUAAGAGAUAUUCUCUGUAGAGAACUGAAUGUAGAUAACUGUCAGAGUUGGUUUCCAUUGAUAAACAUGUACAAUGCUCUCAAGGAUUCCAAGAACACGCCACAGAGCUGUGAUUAUUAUAUCAAGGCCGCCGUUACUAACUCCAUUGCCGAAUAUAAGUCGAAGAACGAUUCGGAGGCGUGGAGUUUGCAUCCCACCAAUAAUGCGUUCCUUAAAUCGAUACUACGCUUGGUUAAAGAUGUCCAGAGUCCCAGCAAUGUAAUCUUCAUACUGUAUUAUGUAGCCAGCUAUGCCCGUGAUGGCGCCGAUCAGGUGGAAGCCUUCUACGAGGGUUGGAAGUAUGUUAAGUCCAACCAAGCUGUGCUGAUUAACGAUCCUAAGUGCCAAGAGGAGUUGGCAAAGAUAAAACGCAUGUAUCCCAUAAUUAAAACUCAGCAUUUGCUUCAUAUUUACGGCCUGAGCGAUGAUAAAAUGAUGCAUCUGGUCGAGCAUCCCACGGAGCUUAUACAUUGUCUAUACCAUCACGAGCUAAUACUUAAAUCCAGCAAGGUGGAUAUUAAUGCGUUGGUUAAAGAGAUUUGCGCCCUACACGAUCUAAGCCUUGAAGCUAUACAAUUUAAACUGCUACAAAAGUGGCUGUCGGUCACAAUGGAAACAGCGGAUGGUACAAUAUUAGAGGAAACAUUCCUCGAGGAUCAAAAUUGGCCUGAGAAUGGCUGUAACAGCAACGGUGAUGGUGAGACCGCUAAUGCCAGUGAGAAUGUUGUUCGUGCCUUUUACAUACUAAGCAGCUGGCCAAAAUCCGAAGCAGUUCAGUUCCUUGUAGGCCUUAUUUUCAAAGGCGGAUCCAUGAACACUUCAACACAGUUGCAGAUGUAUGAGUGUUACUCCAAGCUCAACGAUGGUAGCAAUUCAUUUAGUAACACAUUGAGCCAACGUCAGUUUAUUACCAUCAAAUGUGUCCAUGAAUUAAAGGCACUUGGCUACAACUCAAACAUUAAGAAGUUUGCGGAUGAAAAUUGCGAUAAGAUUGGGAUAAUUAAGAUGAUCUGGCAGCGUAACGCGCAGAAUCCUCUCUCGUUGGAGGUGAUGGCCGACAUUUGUCUCGGAUUUGACAUACAUUUGCCCAAAAUCUGGAAUGGCAUAAUCAAGCGCAUGGUUAUGUUUAAUAUGGUGCGGGAACUAAACGCAUUGGUCGAUGUGCUGAGCUGCAGACCAGAGCUAUUACAUUUAGAUGGCUUGGCGUUGGCCUGGGACUGUGUGCUGGCCCAUCCCUUUAAGAAUGCGGUACCGACACGAUCAUGUGCAGAGGAAGAGCGACUUCAGAAGACGCUGCUCCGUUUGCAGGGAUGUCCAGUGGUGCACGCACUAAAUCUACUGCAAUUCGCCGAGCUCUGCGUGCUCGUCCGUCGACCACACAUGGCCGCCACGGUACUUAUAUUCUGCCAAAGCGCUGAGCAACGCGUAAAGAUAGUGAAGCUGAUAAAAUCUCGACAUGAGGAUAAUCUACGUCAGCAGAUUUUAGAGCUGGAGGAUGCAGGCUUGUUGCCAAUGGUACUGAACUUUGCGCUUAAGGAAUUGAAUCUCUAAUAGAACAUAUAGUUCGAUUUGUAUUAUUACUUUUAAAAUUUGUUAACUGCAUGAAAUACACAUGAAUUAUAACCACAGGUUGGCAAACACA